AUGGCUGAUCGACAAUUUAAGAAGAAGGUUCAGACCUUGAGAAGUGAUAAUGGCACAGAAUUUACUAGUUUAACCAGUUAUUUUCAGAGUGAAGGGAUCAGCCACGAAACCUCUUGUGUGGGUACACCACAACAAAACGGACGAGUUGAGAGGAAACAUCGGCAUAUCCUUAAUGUCGCCCGAGCCUUGCGUUUCCAAGCACAUUUGCCAAUCGAGUUUUGGGGCGCAUGUAUAGUUACGGCAGGUUACCUGAUCAACAGAACCCCAAGUUCUCUUCUACAAGGUCUCACGCCGUUUGAGAUGUUGUAUCAGAAAGCUCCGGAUUAUGCUCAUAUUCGAGUUUUCGGCAGCCUGUGUUAUGCGCACAAUCAAUUACAUAAAGGAGAUAAAUUUGCUCCUCGAAGUAGAAAGAGUGUCUUUGUUGGAUACCCAUAUGGGAAAAAGGGAUGGCGAUUGUUCGAUUUGGAGAAACAAACAUUUUUUGUCUCUCGUGAUGUUGUCUUCUGCGAAGAUCAAUUCCCGUUUUCUCAACCUGAACUCAUAUCGCCGCCAAAUGAAGAAGAAGAUGGAAUUUUGUGGGCUCCAAUUUGUGAAAAUGCAUUUGAUACGGUAGAUGAGAGGCCCAUCUUGUCAUCUUCACCAGUUUCAGGCCCAUCACCAGAAAUACCAGAAGCCCAUGAGGUCUCCAGCCCAAACUCACCAAUAUUAAACCCGUCUGAAACUCAGUCUCUCUCUUCAGAUCGAAUUUCACCGUCUUCCUCCUCCACGACUUCCUCCCCUUGUUCUUCUCUUCCGGCCAAUUCGCCAACCGUGUCCACCUCUUCUGACGAGGUUGUUCAGGCGCCGCCGGAAAUUUUAGGUCGAGGUCAGAGAAAGAAAACACAGUCCGUUACUCUCAAGAAUUUUGUGGUUAACACAGCACAAAGUACAUUCUUGAGGAAAUCAGGUACUCCGGCAACUUAUCCGAUUGGAAAUUAUGUCAAUUGCAAUCGUUUUUCAGAAACACAUACAGCAUAUCUUGUUGCCAUCACUGAAAAUAUCGAACCACGGUCGUUUAAAACAGCUAUGGGGCUGAAACAGUGGCAACAAGCAAUGGGAAAAGAGGUCAUUGCUUUGGAAGAAAAUGAAACUUGGACGUUGGAGGAUUUACCACCAGGGAAACGUGCGAUAGGAAGUAAGUGGGUGUACAAAAUUAAGUAUCAUUCUGAUGGCACGAUUGAACGCUACAAGGCUCGCCUUGUUGCGCUUGGGAAUCGACAAGUUGAAGGGGAGGACUAUGGUGAAACGUUCGCUCCAGUUGCCAAAAUGGGUACCGUUCGUAUGUUUUUGAAAGUUGCUGCGGGUAAUGAUUGGCCUGUGUAUCAGAUGGACGUUCACAACGCCUUCCUCCAUGGAGACCUCGAAGAAGAGGUGUAUAUGAAACCGCCACCAGGGUUUUACCCUGAUGCUGGAAACAAGGUUUGCCGCUUACGGAAAUCGAUUUACGGCCUUAAACAGGCUCCACGAUGCUGGUUUGAGAAGCUCUCUAAGUCGCUUCGAGAAUACGGUUUUGAACAGACUGCAGCUGACUACUCUCUUUUCACAUUCAACAAAGGUGGUGUUGUGAUUAAUCUGUUGAUAUAUGUUGAUGAUAUGAUCUUGACGGGCAACUCUGCAGAAGCUUUACGGGUUUUUAAAGACUAUCUCUCCUCUUGCUUUAAGAUGAAAGAUCUUGGUUUCUUAAAAUAUUUUUUGGGGAUUGAGGUAUCUCGGAAUAAAACUGGUUUCUAUCUCAGUCAGCGGAAAUACGCUUUGGACAUUGUCUCCGAUGCAGGAUUGUUGGCGGCAAAGCCUGCAACGUUUCCUCUUGAACAGAACCAUGGAUUGGCUUUAUCGACUUCUGCACUCUUGUCUGAUCCAACACCGUAUCGACGCAUGGUUGGGAGGUUUAUCUACUUGGUUAACACUAGACCAGAUUUGGCAUUUUGUGUUCAUGUCUUGGCCCAAUUUAUGCAACAGCCUCGUGCAGAUCAUUGGCAAGCGGCGUUGCGGGUUGUUCGUUAUCUAAAAGGAUCGCCUGGUCAAGGGAUUCUUUUGAGUUCUGAUAAUGAUUUUCAGAUCAAUGGUUGGUGUGAUUCAGAUUAUGCGACUUGUCCAUUAACCCGUCGCUCCGUCACUGGCUACUUUGUUCAAAUUGGUCUAUCUCCUGUCUCGUGGCAAACCAAGAAACAAGACAUCGUAAGCAAGUCAUCAGCAGAAGCAGAGUACCGAGCUAUGUCUCUUCUCCGUGAUGAACUCUUGUGGAUAAAGCGUGUCUUGUGUUCUCUCGGUGUCAUUCAUCCUCAGUCCAUGCGUCUCCAUUGUGAUAGCAAAGCGGCAAUCUAUAUCAGCACAAAUCCUGUCUUCCACGAGCGCACCAAACACAUAGAGACUGAUUGCCAUGCUAUUCGGGAUGAGAUCGUCAAAGGUACCAUUUCCCCUCAUCAUGUCUCUACAACUCAACAACUUGCAGACAUCUUUACCAAACCGUUGGGACGUCAAGAGUUUGACAGUUUUCGGUCCAAGCUUGGCAUACUUGAUCUACAUGCUUCAGCUUGA